CUGAGGAGGUCUUCAUUCACCUCCAUCAUGAGGGGAAUCGUACUAGCGCUAGUGUUCACCCUUGUGGGGAGUGAAAAGUAUGACCUUGAGCCUGAUUUUAGUAGUGGCAAGACCUACUUGUACAACUAUGAGGCCUUUACCCUGAAUGGGCUGCCAGAGCCUGGUUUGGCAAGAACUGGGCUGAGACUGUCCUGUAAAGCAGAGAUCAGUGUAUUGUCACAGAGGAAUCACCUCCUCAAGAUCCGAUCUCCACAGCUGGAGGAAUACAAUGGGAUCUGGCCCAGAGAUCCAUUCAUUCGAGCUUCCAAACUCACUCAGCUGAUCACUUCGUAUCUCACCCAACCCUUUAAGUUUGAAUACAGCAAUGGGCGGGUUGGAAACAUUUAUGCCCGAGAAGAUACCCCCGUCACGUGCGUUAACCUAGUGAGAGGAAUGCUGAACAUGUUGCAGAUAACUAUCAAAAAGUCACAGAAUGCAUAUGACUUGCAAGAGGCUGGGAUUGGAGGCGUCUGCCUUACAAGGUACGUUAUCCAGGAAGACAGGAGGAAUAACCGAGUCUCUAUGACCAAAACCAAAGACCUCAAUGACUGCCAGGAUAAAGUGGUGAAGGAUAUUGGAAUGACUUACAUCCGCCCUUGUCCUUCUUGCCCAUUGAAAGAAAAUAUUGUAAAAGGAACAGCUGCAUUCACCUACAAAUUGAAAUAUGCAGAUUCUGGCACCCUGAUCACAGAAGCUGUGUCCCAGCAGGUCUAUCAGAUCUCACCUUUCAAUGAACCCGCUGGUGUUGCGGACAUGGAGGCAAGACAAGAACUUACCUUGGUUGAAGUGAAAAAUGAACGUGUGAGCCCUCCAGAAAUUCAGCUGCAGAACCGUGGAGGCCUGCCUUAUCAUUUCCCACCACUACUGCUCCAGAUGCCAAUUCAGCUAAUCAAGACGAAAAACCCUGAGCAACGGAUAGUGGAAACAUUGCAACAAGUAAUCCAGGACAACCAGCAAGAGCUCCAUGGGGAUGCUCCAUACAAAUUCUUAGAGCUUAUCCAACUGUUUCGGGUAGCAAGUCCUGAUACCUUGGAGUCUGUCUUUAAGCAAUUUUCAGAUAAACCUUAUCACAGGCUUUGGCUGCUGAGUGGAAUUACUAUGGCAGGGACCGUUGAUUCGCUGAAGUUCCUUAAGCUGAGAAUUCGCAAUGAUGACCUUAAGUACAUUGAGGCACUUCUGGCUGUUUCUUUGGCCCUCCAUUUAACAAAAGCGGAUGGUCAUUCUAUUGCAGUAGCAGCAGACCUAGUGACCAGCUCCCGACUUGAGAGAAUUCCCAUGCUUCGCCAGAUUGCUUAUUUGGGAUAUGGUUCCAUGGUAGAGAGAUACUGUUCUCUGGCUUCAUCUUGCCCUAAUGAAGCUCUUCAGCCCCUCCAUGACCUUGCAGCUGAGGCAGCCAGCAAGGGCAAUGAAGAUGACAUUGUAUUAGCUCUGAAAGCCAUUGGCAAUGCAGGACAACCAGCCAGUAUCAAGCGCAUCCUGAAGCUCUUGCCAAUAGUUUCAUCUGGUGCUUCUAAUUUCCCAGUCCAUAUUCAGGUCGAAGCUGUGAUGGCUUUGAGGAAUAUAGGCUUGAAGGACUCCAGAAAGGUGCAGGACAUUCUUCUCCAGAUCUUUGUGGAUCAUUCACUUUCCCCUGAAGUCCGAAUGAUCUCUUGUGUUGUCUUAUUUGAAACUGGGCCUGCACUUCCUCUGGUAACAACUGUAGCUAACGUGAUACUGAAAGAGACCAAUCUGCAAGUUGCCAGUUUUGUAUAUUCCCACAUGAAAGCUUUGUCAAGAAUUGGAUUCCCAGGCUUCUAUAAUGUAUCUGCUGCUUGCAACAUUGCCAUUAAACUGCUGAGCCCCAGACUUGACAGAUGGAACUUUCGUUACAGUAAAGUAAUUCCUCUUGGUGGUUACUACAGUAGAUAUCGGGCUGGUGCAUUUGGAAAGAUCUUCCUUAUGAACAGUCCAAGAACAAUGUUCCCAUCAGCUUUAAUUUCCAGUUUGAUUGUAAACUAUGCAGGUGCAGCUACUAGUUUGCUAGAGGUUGGUGUCCGUGCAGAAGGUCUUACGGAUGUUGUAAGGAAACAAAACAUCCCAUUUGCAGAAUAUUCCACAUACAGAAAGAUAAAGGAGAUUGGGAAAACACUGUUGGGAUGGAGAGAGUUGCCUUCAGAAAACCCUCUGUUAUCAGCUUACAUUAAAUUAUUUGGGCAAGAGCUGGCCUUUGCUGACAUCAACAAGGAUCUCAUUCAGCAGGCUAUGAAGCUUGUGACUGGACCAGCAGACAGACACACAUGGCUGAAGAGAGUGAUCCAUCAAAUCCAAAAUGGCAUUGCAGAACGAUGGAUUCAGCCAUUAUAUUCAGGAGAAUUUCGGCACAUCAUCCCUACUACUGUUGGUCUGCCAUUGGAAUACAGUUUAUAUACUACUGCUGUGGCACGUGCAACAGCCCGUGUUGAUGUAAAGCUGUCCCCUCCUUUAUCUGGUGAUUUUAGACCUUCACAGUUGUAUGAAUCCAACUUGCAACUUCGUGCUGACAUCAGCCCAAGCAUCUACUUUAACACAGUGGCAAUGAUGGGAAUCAACACAGAAUACUUUCAGUCUUCUAUUGAAAUUCACACCAAACUCCAUGUACAAGCUCCAUUGAAAUUUGAUGCCAAGAUAGACAUGAAGGAAAAAAGCUUGAAGUUUGGAACAACCCCAUGCCAACAGGAGACUGAGAUAGUGAUGGGAAGGCAUAAGGCUUUUGCUGUAUCAAGAAAUAUAGGAGAACCAGGCACAGAGAAGAAGAUUCCAGUACUCCCAGAAGGUGCUGGGUCAAAUCUGCUGAAGGAGCAUUUCAAAUCAUCUGAAAGAACUUCGAGAGAAGGUGCCGUGACGCAAAGAGAGGCUUCUGACAUCCUACCUAAGAAAUAUUCCUAUGGUCCUGGACAGGAACUUCACCACAGUGCAGGAGGAAAAACAUAUACACAAGCCAUUUGUGUCAAAGUGACUCGUUUUGGUUGUCAGGCCUGUUUUUACAGGAGAGCACGAGAUGCCUCUGUUUUAAAAAAUACAUAUUUUCACCGAUUAAUUGGAGAACAUGAAGCUAAAAUAGUUUUGAAACCAGCCCGUACAGAUGCAGCUAUAGACAAAAUACAGCUGGAGAUUCAGGCAGGAUAUAGAGCAGCUUCCAAAAUAAUCCAGGUGGUUACCCUAGAGUCCGAGGAAGAAGAUGAUUCAUCUCCAGAUGACGUGGUUCAAAUGAAACUGAAGAAGAUCCUAGGAAUUGAAAAUGUGUUUAAGGUUGGAAAUAGAACUCAGCGGCACAAGAAAGGAAAGAUCCAGAUGACAGAGUUCCGGGCAGAGCCCAAUGCUAAACAUCCAUCUAGUUCAUCUUCUUCAUCCUCCGACACUUCCUCUUCUUCUUCUUCUUCUUCCUCCUCCCCUUCUUCCUCUUCUUCUUCCUCCCCUUCUGGUAAGAGGGUCAAAAAUCAAGAUCCGAAAGACAAAACAUUACAACCUGGAAACAGAGAUGAGAGCAGCAGCAGUAAAAGCAGCAGUAGCAGCAGCAAAAGCAGCAGCAGCAGCAGUCGUGACAGCAGCAAAAGCAGCAGCAGCAGCAGCGGUGACAGCAGUGACAGCAGCAGCAGCAGCCGCAGCAGCAGCAGCAGCGACAGUGGCAGCACCAGCAGUGACAGCACCAGCAGUGACAGCACCAGCAGCAGCAGCAGCAGCAGUAAAGCACCUCGACCUGGAAGCAGACAUCAACUCGUCAGAGAGCCGAACAGCAGCAACAGCAGCAGCAGCAGCAGCAGUAGCAGUAGCGAUAGCGAGUAUUCCAAAACACAGAGAACUCCAGAGAUCUAUCAGUAUCGCUUCAAGUCAGCACAUACACAGGAGUUUCCCAAAAAGAAAGUCCCAGGCAGUAGCAGCGCCACCAGCAGCAGCAGCUCUUCCUCCUCUUCCUCUUCCUCCUCCUCCAGCUCUAGUUCUAGUUCCAGUAGCAGUGAAGACACCAACAGAGCAGGUUCCCGGCCUAAAUUUUUGGGAGACAGUAAAGCACCAGAACUGGCUGUUAUUCUUCGUGCUUUUCGAAAUGAUAAAAAGCUGGCAGGCUUCCAGCUCGUGCUAUACACAGAUUUAUACUCCACCAGACCCAGGAUACAAGUGUUUGUGUCAAACAUCACAGGAUCAAGCCAAUGGAAAAUCUGCGCUGAUGCUUCAGUCAUUAAUGCUCACAAGGCAGCGAGUUAUCUGAAAUGGGGCCGGGAUUGCCAGGACUACAGGAUUUCUUCAGAGCUUGUAACUGGCCGGUUUGCUGAUCACCCAGCCAUACAGCUGAAACUGGAGUGGCCUAAAGUUCCUUCAAGACUCAAAUCAUUUGCCAGCUGGUUUUACACUUUAAUCCCGGGAGCUGCCUAUAUGCUAGGGUGGUCUGAAAUACAGCACAAAAAUCCUUCUCAACAGGCCAAGUUGAUUGUGGCUCUAACUUCUCCAAGGACUUAUGAUUUUGUUGCCAAAAUGCCUGAGCUGACCAUUUAUAACAGAGCCCUCAGGCUUCCGUUAUCAUUGCCUGUAGGGCCAUCUCCACCAGCCUCAGCACUGCAGGCCCCGAUCUGGAAUUUCUUUUCUGAAGCACCAUCUGCAGUCCUGGAGCAUCUUAAAGCUCGUUGCUCCGUUUCCCAAGACAAGAUCACAACCUUCAAUGAGGUACAGUUUAACUACUCACUGCCCACAAACUGCUACCACAUCUUGGCCCAGGAUUGUAGCCCAGAACUGAAGUUCCUGGUAAUGAUGAAGAAUGCGGAAGAAUCUGCUGACCUUAAAGCAAUCAAUAUCAAGCUUGGCAGUCAUGAAAUUGACAUGUAUCCGGCAAAUGGACUUCUUAACCUCAUGGUCAAUGGUGUUGAAACCCAAGUGGAGAAUAUCACAUAUACAUCUGACUUUAAUGCUUCUCUGAUGAUCAGCAGUGAAAAGAAAGGUCUAUCACUUGUGGCUCCUGACUAUGGCAUUGAUAAACUAUAUUUUGAUGGACGUACAGUCAAGGUUCAAGUUGCUUUCUGGAUGGCGGGGAAAACAUGUGGCAUUUGUGGAAAAUAUGAUGCUGAAAAUAAACAGGAAUUUCAGAUGCCCAGUGGAUAUGUAGCUAAAGAUGCAGUGAGCUUUGCUCAUUCUUGGAUUCUGUCAGAAAAGCCUUGUGCUGGCGCCUGUAAAUUGCAGCGCUCACUUGUGAAACUUGAGAAAACAAUUCGACUUGAGGGCGAAGACUCAAAAUGCUAUCCUGUUGAGCCUGUGCUACGCUGCAUGAAAGGAUGUUCAGCAACUGAGACCACCCCAGUUUCUAUUGGCUUCCAUUGUCUGCCAGCUGAUUCCGCUGCCAGCUUAGUUGAGGGACAGAUGAAGCUUGACCAGAAGUCAGAGGAUAUACAGGACACAGUUAAGGCCCACACAGCAUGUUCAUGUGAGGAACUACAGUGCAUUGCAUGAGGCUACAGUUCAGCAGAUUAGAAACGUGGAGCAUUAUUUUUAUACUGUGAUGCCAGAAAAUUCCUCCCAGGCAAUCACAGAUAUGUUAAUUUAAGUGUUUAAAGUCCUACUGAAUCUUCUUAGAGAAAACUGAUCUUUCAAGGAAAUGUUAAACUUUAUUGCUGUAGAAACAAUACUGACUAUUCAGACAUAUGUGAUUUCCUAAUAAAUCUGUGCAUCUAAAAA